AUGACUGGAGUUAUAGUUUUAUUCAGCACUUUAGCCCUUAAUUUAUUGUGUUUGGCUUUUGCUUUUGAUCCUUCUCCCUUGCAAGAUUUCUGCGUGUUAGAUGCCAAAAGCCCCGGAUGCAAGAAGCCGGAAACUGUUACAGCCGCCGACUUCUUCUUCAGCGGGAUGCAUUUGCCAUCCAACACAACUAACCCAUAUAAGGCCGGGCUGAAAGUAGCCGCAAUCCCGGGCCUGAACGGUCAAGGGCUGACGCUGGCCCGCCUUGACUUCCUACCAGAUGGCAUCAUCCCACCUCACUAUCACCCGAGGGCGGCCGAGAUUCUCACCGUUCUAGAAGGUUCCAUGGAAGUCGGAUUCGUGACCUCAUUCCCUAACUACAAACACUACCCUAAGGUUCUUAACAAGGGCGAUGUCUUCGUCGUCCCGGUUGGGCUUGCCCACUACCAGCGCGGCGUCGGGAAGGUCAACACGGUGGUUCUGUCGGCGGUCAACAGCCAGAACGCCGGAAUUGUGGAAGUUGCCGGCAGUAUGUUUGGCGCCAAGCCCGCGAUUAACAGUGAUUAUUUAGCAACGGCUUUUAGAUUGGAUAAGAAAACCGUGGAGCAGCUUCAGUCCAAGCCUUGGGCAUGA